AAAUUAAAAGUGUUUUUAUAAUUGCUGUACACUUUGAUUUUUGUAUAACAUAUUGUAUUUAAAAUUACGGAUUUUUAAAACACGUAUAUACAAUAGCUUAUGAUACAUUGUAUAAACAAUAGCUAGAGAUGAACUGUCUCUUAGCAUGCUUGUCGAGCGAUUAAAAGAUACGAAAAAUUCGGGGACAAACUUCUCGCGCUGAGUGGACAGACAGUCUAAACACGGUGAAUUCAUUAAAUGACGAACAACUCCGCCAGCUGGGAAUUAAUAUAUUCGAGCGACGAUCACGAGAGUGUACGAGGAGCGAGCGAGUAACGUUAUUUUGAAGCAAUUCUGUUUUCAUAUCUGAUACGAUUAGAUUAUAAACAUGAUUGCAUUAAUCGAUUUAAUAUCUUUAUUUACAUAAAAGCAUAAAGUGCGAGGAUACAAAAUCUUUUGGGCAGUAUCUAUCUUUUUAUUCGAGACCUUAUCAUGAAAAUCAAUUAUAUGCAACUGCCUGUAAAGGCACAUUAUUUCUUUUUCAUGGCAGCAAUGGGUCCUAUUUUACCGUUCCUGCCAGUUUAUGGCAAGCAACUGGGUAUCUCAUCAUUAGUUAUGGGCAGCAUUACCGCAGUUUUACCUAUUCUAUUUCUAAUCUCGAAACCAGCAUUCGGCUUUGUCGUAGACUAUUUUCGCACCUGGAGAAAAUUGAUAUUUAUAAUAUUGCUGGCUACGACAAGUGGCUGUUACAUUUUGAUGUACUUUCUGCCAGUAUUGCCGGGUCCGAUGCUACCAGAUCAUCAGUUUCAAAACAUCUCGUGCUCAUCCUUGCCGUCUUGCGAUAUGGACUUUCAUACUUCAGCAAUAGUAUCAUGUAACGGAACGAAAGAUACUACAUGUCAUUGGAUAUGCAAGGAUACGAAUUUUUCCACGCGAGUGUCUUUUCAUGCAGUUGAAGGAGAAGUACUUAUUUCACCGAAUACUACAUGUCUCUUAAAUAUUAAUGAAACGUCAUCGUGUCAAGAAGAGAUAACAAUUAAUUGCAAUGUUACUUGUGAUAAUUUCGAGGAUACUCAAUGUCUGUAUACUUCCAUUACUUUCUGGGGAUUUAUUCUCUUAAUGUCACUUGGCAACAUCGGUUUUAAUGUUUCCAAUUGUAUAAGCGAUGCGAUUUGUUUUGACAUAUUAGGUGAAGGUGGGCAAAUGGGAUACGGUAGGCAACGAGUAUGGGGUACAGUUGGUUUUGGUAUCGCCGCAUUUCUAGCCGGCUACACAGUAGAUUUGUGGUCGCACGGAGGAAUCUAUAAAACUUAUACACCUGCGUUUCUUCUCGUGCUUACAUUCACUUGUAUGGAUUUAAUUUGCUGCCAAAAACUGGAGCUGCCACUUAUGUCAGAUUCGAAAAGUAUAUUAAAGGAUGUAUACGCGCUUUUAAAAUUGAAACCUAUCGUUAUAUUUUUAUGUUUUGCUACUCUCGCCGGCAUUCUUGAUAGCUUCAUAAUUUACUUUUUGUUUUGGUAUUUAGAAGAUCUUGCUAUGACAACCGGUUAUAUGGGUGAAAUUAAAUUAAUAGAGGGUUUAAUAGUAGCCGCAGAAACUCUCGGUGGCGAGAUAAUAUUCUUCUCAUUAUCUGGUAAAAUAUUAAAGAAAUUUGGAUAUGGUUACACCUUUACAUUUUGCUUUGUAUCCUACGCAUUGCGUCUAGGAUUAAUAUCUUUCGCGCCAACGCCAUGGUGGGUACUUCCGAUAGAAUUUUUUAUGCAAGGACCAUCAUACGCGCUCUGCUACACGACAAUAGUAGCGUACGCGAGCGCGGUAUCACCACCUGGCACAUCAGCCACUGUUCAAGGGAUAGUAGCAGGAAUGGACGAUGGUUUCGGAUUUGCGGUUGGUAGUUUAAUAGGAGGUAUCUUGUACAACAAAGUGGGUGGUGCAAUCACUUUAAGAAUAUUUUCAAUACUCGCAAUAUUUUCCGCAUUAAUGUACCUCAUUCUUCACAAUUUGUACUUAAAAUAUAAGACACCAGAUACACGAAAUAAUGUUGAAUGGAAAAAGCCUGAAGAUGCACGGAGGCAUUGUGUUGUAGCAGAAACGUAAAUACAAGCGUUUUAUACAA